AUGGCAUCAAGGCACAUUUCGUUAUUCCUGUACUUUGUCCUUACCAUCCUACUCUCUUUUGGCAAUGCCGCAGAGCAGCAGCAACCACUUCAAGCCGUAGAUGCAACCCCAAAGAAGGUAGCAAUUAUCGGAGCCGGGGCCGGUGGCUCAUUUACAGCAUAUCAACUACGCAAGCUCGCAGAUGAAGCCGGCAUCCCUGUGAAGAUCACAGUCUACGAACGUGAAUCAUACGUCGGUGGCCGUUCGACAACAGUAAACGUCUUUGGUGAUCCCGCUUAUCCAAUUGAGUUGGGCGCGUCCAUCUUCGUCCAGGUCAAUUACAACCUGGUCAACGCUUCCCGUGACCUGGGUCUGACCGUCCGCAGCGCUGAUUAUGCCCGACCACAAGAGGCCGAUGAAAGUAUUGGUAUCUGGGACGGGUCACAGUUUGUGUUUUCACUGAAGAAUACAUACAAGUGGUGGAAUCUUGGUCGGCUUUUUUGGCGGUACGGGCUUGCGCCGCUGCGCACUCAGAACUUGGUGAAGAAGAUUGUUGGUCAAUUCUUACGGCUCUAUGAGGAGCCUCUGUUUCCUUUUAAUUCACUUUCUGGGGCGGCUAUUGCGGCAGAGUUACUGAAUGCGACUGCAUCUUCGGGCGCAGCAUUUCUUCACGCCAAUGAUGUUGGGUCUCUUUUUGCGAGGGAAAUCAUCCAGGCCAGUACUCGCGUGAACUAUGGCCAGAAUUUGCAGUUGAUUCAUGGACUGGAGUCUGUCGUUUGCAUGGCUACUGAUGGGGCUGUCUCGAUUGAAGGCGGAAACUGGCGCAUCUUCGAUGCCGCGUUGAGUGCCUCACAUGCGCAUGUCAAUGUGAACACUACUGUCACUGGGAUUAUACGGAAUAGCGAUGGCACCAUGCAAGUAUCGUCGAAGUUGAACGCCGCUUCCACUUCUGAAAAGACCUUCGACGAAGUUGUCGUUGCCGGUCCGUUGCAGUACUCUGGCAUUUCGAUAUCCCCUUCAUUGGACCACACCCCGGAUGAAAUCCCAUACGUGAAUCUGCACGUUACUCUCUUUUCAUCUCCACACCGCAUCGCACCGCAGUACUUCGGACUCGAUCUCAAUGCCAGAGCACCAGAGACAAUCUUGACGACCCUCCCAGAGGACUUCAACCCGGAGAACAAGGCUGAUGUCGGGCCUAGCGGCUUCUGGAGUAUCAGUACUCUCCGAACAGUGGAUCAUCCCACAGUCAACUCCGAGGAAACGGAACAGCAUUACGUCUACAAGAUUUUCUCGCCAGAGCGCCCAACAGCUGAGUUCAUUGCUGGCAUUCUAGGUCUAGAGAAGGACUAUGUGUCGAGCAAUGCGACGAUCGGAGACCUUUCAAAGAACGAUGUCAGCUGGUUCCAUGAGAAACUUUGGAACCCAUAUCCUGUUCUAUACCCGCGAGUCACAUUUGAAGAUACCCUUCUGGCUCCGGGUGUGUGGUAUACUGGUGGCAUUGAGAGCUUUAUCUCGACGAUGGAGACUAGUGCUCUGAUGGGUCGGAAUGUGGCGACCCUUAUGUUCCAGUCAUGGCAGAAAGAUGUUCGCGUGAAUGACGGGGCUGCUACGGAGGUAAAGUCUGAGCUAUGA